UUUUUUGCCCCCUUCCCUUUCAGCCUCGGGCGCGGGGGAGGCUCCGCAGACCUGCUGACUGGGAACCGGUAUGGCCGCGACGCUGGGCAGCGGGGAGCGCUGGACCGAAGCUUACAUUGAUGCAGUUAGAAGAAACAAAUACCCAGAGGACAGACCUCCUGAAAGUCAUGACCCCUGUGGUUGCUGUAACUGCAUGAAGGCACAGAAUGAAAAGAAGCCUGAGAAUGAGUGGACUCAGACCCGACAGGGUGAGGGGAAUGCCACUUACACUGAAGAGCAGUUGCUUGGAGUACAAAGGAUCAAGAAAUGCAGAAAUUACUAUGAAAUUCUGGGAGUUUCACGAAAUGCCAGUGAUGAAGAGCUUAAGAAAGCGUACCGAAAACUUGCCCUGAAAUUUCAUCCUGACAAGAACUGUGCUCCUGGAGCUACAGAUGCUUUCAAAGCGAUAGGAAAUGCCUUUGCAGUCCUGAGCAAUCCUGACAAGAGACUCCGCUAUGAUGAAUAUGGAGACGAACAGAUGACUUUCACUGCCCCUCGAGCCAGACCAUAUAAUUAUUACAGGGACUUUGAAGCAGACAUCACUCCAGAAGAGCUGUUCAACGUCUUCUUUGGAGGGCAUUUUCCUACAGGAAACAUUCAUAUGUUCUCAAAUGUGACAGACGACACUCACUAUUACCGCCGGCGGCACCGACAUGAGAGGAUGCAGACACGGAAGGAGGAGGAAGAAGAUAAACCUCAGACUACAUAUUCUGCAUUUAUUCAGUUACUUCCAGUUCUGGUGAUUGUGAUCAUAUCUGUGAUUACUCAGCUGCUAGCUGCUAAUCCCCCGUAUAGUCUGUUCUAUAAAUCGACCUUGGGCUACACCAUUUCUAGAGAAACCCAAAACCUACAGGUGCCUUACUUCGUGGAUAAAAACUUUGACAAGGCCUACAGAGGAGCCUCUCUGCGUGACCUGGAGAAGACGAUAGAGAAGGAUUACAUUGAUUACAUCCAGACGAGUUGCUGGAAGGAGAAACAGCAAAAGUCGGAGUUGACCAAUUUGGCAGGAUUAUACAGAGAUGAACGAUUGAAGCAGAAAGCAGAGUCGCUGAAACUUGAAAACUGUGAAAAACUCUCCAAACUUCUUGGCCUACGCAGAGGGGGCUGAGAGGAGGAUGGUCCCACGCAGGCUCGGGGUUUGCCCCUUGGUGCCCUUUAUGUUCCUAAUUCCAUUUUAUAAAACACAGCUAGGAAAUGAUGAACCUUUUCCACUUGGCUAACUUUGUUUGGUGGGCAGAGUUGGAGGCGCUUCAGCACGGAGCCAGACUUGGCAUCACAGAAUCCUUCCUGGGGGUUGGCUCAGGGGCCAGGAACAGGUCAUCGAGAUGGAAGGAGCGGCAGAAUGUUAGACUGAGCCCCCGCUCCGCCCCUGCCCUGCCUCUGGGAAUGUCGGUCAGCCAGAGCGGACUGACUUUCUUCCUCCUCCACCGAAGUCUCCGUACGCAGCCGUCCCCAGGCUCAGCCAGAGCAGCUUCCUGUUGGUUGGUUACCGUGUGCGCCGGAAUCGCACCUCUCCCUUCAUUACAGUCGGUCGUCUCCCCGCUGUAUUCAGCUGUUGGAACGCGCUCCCAGCUCCCCUGUCCCUUUCCUGUGGGGAAGGUGGAGAAAUGUCAACUGUUGUGGCCCUGAGUUUCCUGUUUGCCCGAUCGCUGUUCGGCGUCCCUGGCAUUCGCAGGCUGCCUGGCUUGGGAUGCCUUGCUUCCUUGGCCCGCCCUCUGAUAGAGGGCCCAGACGUUAAGAGCUUUAGUGGUACAGCUCCCUGGACACGGGGAAGUGGGAGCCAGAGGUGAAGGUCGAAUGCCAGACCGAGUCUCAGCUGCUCAGCGCGGGUCCCCUAGUCCCUCGUAGAACCCAGAGAAUGUUCUUUCUGUCAUGUUCCUUUGCAGCGUCACACUUGAGCUGUGUCCCUGCACCCCACAGAGGUACAGUGGCCAGACCGAAGGGGAGGCAUUGCCAGCCAGCUGGGCUGUUUGCUCAAGCCUAGAGGCAGAGAGGAAAGCCCCUCUGUCCGUGGCUGUCGGGGUCUGACGUUGGCCCCAGGAGUCACUCUGUUCACCCCAGUGCCCUGUAGUUUAUGACAACAUUUAUCGAGUGUCUGGCAUGGAACAGAGGCCCAGAGAGGGUGCACGGUUGACCCGGGUCCCUCGGCUGUUGUGGCAGAGCUGGAUGGUGGGCCGAUGACCGAGUAGCAGGUGGGUGAUCAUCUCCAUUUCUCAGAGGAUCCCCCCCCCCUCCCACCUCUCAGCCUGGGACCCUGUAUCCUUUCUGUGACAGUCCUGCAUCCACUCGGGACACCUCUCUGCACCAAUUCUGUAUACAAAACAAUAGCAGGUGGCUCUUCCCACCGGUGACAAGGCAGAGGUAAGUUGCUGCCCAGGCUGUGUGGUUCUGGGCCUUGCUGUGGGGAAGAGCUAGCAGGAUUAUCAUCUGGGCCCAGAUUCUGUCGUGAAUCUGAACCUGGAAGCAUCAAAGGUGACUCUUGUCUACACUUCAUGUUUCCUUCAGGAUGGCAUAAAGUUCCUGUUAGAAGGAAACUAAAACUCGUUUCCAAAGUAGAAUUUCUCCUUUGAGCUGCACAGCUGUGAUUUGGGCCAACACGUCCAGCAUGGUUCCCGUGUGGGUGUUGCACCCCAGGGGUGUCCCCCAGGGUCAGGAGUUGAGUCCAGAGGUGAAGAGGGGGGCUCUGGUGGCUGGUGGGGACAUCUGCUCAGCUUUGGGAGGGAGAACAGUUGCCAAGAUAGCCAAGUUUUGUCACCCAACUAGGUCUGUCCUCCUGGGUUUGGGGGUCUUCCUUGAUCCCCUCUGAGUGGCUGAGGGGAUUUAUGCAGUAGAAUGUGUCUGAGCCAAACAGGCUUUGGAAAAAUUGUUUUCCCACACACAUAAAAUCAAAGCUCUCCUCUCCUCACCCCAGCUGCUGGAAAAUGGGCCAUAAUUAAACUGACCUGACAGAUUAACCCCCUGUGCUCGAUGCCCAUGAAUAGUGUGGUCCCACAGUUGAUGGGUUUCAUGGCAGAGAUGAGUUAUCUGCGAUGAUAUUAUAUUAAAUAGAGUCAAGACUAACUCACUUCAUUAAAUGGCAGGUCUGUUGUCUGCUUUCAUAGCACUGACAGUGCUGUUUUAUUUAUUACCUAAUAGACGGCAACACUCACAUCUGGUUUUCCUCGAGGGAAUGGUAUUUGCUUUGGGGUGAAGGAUAGUUUAAUCGAUCGGGUACUGUCCGGAAUAUUGUUAAACUCUAAUUUCCUGGGUUGCAUCUUAGAUGGGUCGUCUGCAUGGCGGUAAAAUAAGCGUUUUCCUCUUGCCUACGUCAUUCGGAAGGUGGUUUUUUUUAUCAUACAUCAACUCUUUAGGUAUGGCUUUUUCUUGCUGUCAGAACUUGGCAUGCAGCUCUAGACUUUCUGUGAACACGGAUGCAGACUGGAGACUCGCGGGGGCAGUGGGGCUAAGAAACCGGGCUUGAGGCUCGAGCGCGAACUGAAGCUGUCCUUCAUGAGAGUGGAAGUGCCGUCUGCCCUGCAUGGCAGCAGUGAGGAGGGGAGGGUGAAGAGCCUUCUCUCCACCCAAGGACACUGCAGUUCGGAGGAACCUGUGUCCCCAGCUUAGCAACCCUGGGGUUCAUCUGCUCAAACCAGAUGACUUCUGAGCUUCCUCCAUCUGCGCCCAUCCUCAGGGCCUAGGCGAUGUGACCCAUGAGAAAAUGCCAUUGUUCCUCUUUCAGUUGGGAACUCUUAGAAAUGACGCUGAAUGCCAGACGCCACUGCAACGUGGAAUCCCAGCAGCCCAGCCAAGCUGCGCGUUACUCUCCUUUACGUCCUCACACUCAGGACUGGCUUUGUGAGGAAGCGCCCUUGGGAUUCCAGAGCUUUCUGUUACAAAUGGUCACACUUGCGAGUUCAUUGUCUGCAUGCACUGUUCCUCACAGGAGCUAGCUCUUAAUUCGUAUUUAUUUUGGGUUCAUUUAAAGUGUCAGCUUAGUGUCCUAAUAUAUUUACUUUUGGAAAGGACCAACUUGCCAUACAUCUUAUUUUUGAGCCUGCAUUGUUGAUACCUCGUGCAGUGACCACCAAGUAACUAUAUACCCGCGUGUUCGAUACUGAUUACAUCAUUUGCAUCACGUUCAGUAUUUGAAAUUAAAGAUGUGAGUGUUCUCUGACCAGACGGGUUUGACACAGAUAGAACCAGCUCCCAGUGGUGUAAGAAUCCUGAAAAAUCUGGUCACCUGCUCCACUGCAUCUGGAUUGAGUGUAUUUUAACAGAGGAAGAAAUUAAACAAUUUUCUAUUAAGAGAA